AUGGCAUCUUCAUCAGAAUCGACAGCAGCUGGUUUCGAACAAGCCGGAGAGAAACUUAAUUCACCUGGUUUCGAACAAGCCGGAGAGAAACUUAAUUCACCUGGUUUCGAACAAUUCGGAGAGAAACUUAAUUCACCUGGCUUUGAACAAUUCGGAGAGAAACUUAAUUCACCUGGCUUUGAACAAUUCGGAGAGAAACUUAAUUCCACUGAUUUCGAACAAUUCGGACAGAAACUUUAUUCAACAGUUAGUCAAAAUCAAAACGAUCAAAAUGUUUUUCUUUCACCAGCAAGUAUUGCACUGGCUAUGUCCAUGUGUACAGUUGGUGCUCGACAAGAAACAUUAAACCAGAUGUUACAUGCAUUUCAAGCAUCAACCGCAAAUGAAUUAAUCCAAGCCGCUGAACAAGUUAUGCAAGUCUUUAGUGCUGCUAGCCAAGAUAAAUUGGUUCAACUGAAAUUAGCGAACCGUCUUUAUGCACAAAAGGCAUAUAAACUUCAAGAAGAUUAUUUGAAACUUGUUCAAAGUUCAUUUGCAGCUGAUAUUAAGUUAGCUGAUUUUGCCAGUGAAGGUGCCGAAGUCGUUCGAACGAUUAAUGCCUGGGUGGAAGAACAAACAAACAAAUUGAUUAAAGACUUACUUUCACCAGAUGACGUUAACUCCGAUACGCGUUUGAUCAUUAUCAAUUGUAUCUAUUUCAAAGGGACAUGGGUUAAACAAUUCGACGAACAUAAUACAAUCAAACAAGCUGAUUUCCACGAAGGAAAAAACAAAAUUUCGAAAGUGAAUUUAAUGUAUCAGAAAAACAAAUAUGCGUACACUGAAAACAAAGAUCUACGCGUUCAAGUUGCUCAUAUGCCAUACAAAAGCGAGAACAGAGACACUCAGUUUGUCUUUACAGUGAUCUUACCAAACAAGGGUGUUUCUUUGUCGGAUGUAGAAAGCCGAUUAAAAGCCGAACCAGACUUGAUGCGCAGUUUGUUGAGCCAUACAGAAUCAGCUAUGGAAGAGCUUCUUUUAUAUUUACCGAAAUUCAAAAUGGAAGCCUCGUUCACAUUGAACGAUGUUCUGAAACAAAUCGGUAUGCAAAAUGCAUUUGAUCCAAAUAGUGCAGACUUCACUGGUAUUGUCAGCGAAAGCGAUGAUGCAGCAGGUCUUUACAUUAGCAAGGUGAUUCACAAGGCAUUUAUUGAUGUGAAUGAAAAAGGAUCCGAAGCUGCUGCAGCAACAGCGGUGCUUAUGGACCGCUGCUGCGCAUCAGUCAAACCUGAACCGAAACCUGUUGAGUUCAAAGCUGAUCGACCAUUUCUCUUCUUCAUUCGUGAAACUGAAGAAGACCUCAAUAUUUUUUCGGGAAGAUUAGUUUCACCUCCAUCAACAGCAUAA